AUGACACGAUCAUCAGACAGACUGAAAACCUUACUGAGAGAAAGAUUAACGGAUUAUGAAGAGAGUGGUGUGAUUGAAGCUCUCUCAAGUAGUGAUGGUGGUGAAGUUGCAACAAUAUCUCGGUCUGAUCUUCCUCCCGAGCUUGUAUCAGCAAUUGCCGAUCGCUUAGGCCUAAUUGAGCUUCUCGGUUUCCGUGGCACCUGUAAGGAGUGGCACUCUGCUUCUUCCACAGCUUCAGCUCAGAUUGAAUCCUCACCAAACCAUAAUCCUUGGUUUCUACUCUAUGGUGAGAAUUCAGAAUGUGUCUUGUACAACGAAUCCGACAAAAAGAAGUACACAAUCAGUAUCCCGGAACUGGAUGGAGCAACUUGCCUCGCAUCAGAUGAAGGAUGGCUUCUUUUAUUCAAAAAGGGCUCAAUUUUCUUCUUCUGUCCCUUCUCGGGUGCAAAAAUAGACCUCCCACAGUUCCCACAUUCGGAGCUCUCCAACCAUGUUGCAGCAUUCUCAUCUCCUCCAACGUCCCACGAGUGCAUUGUUUCUGUAAUUAACCGACGUGAUAAGCUCAAAUUGGAGCUAAAUGUGGUACACCGGGGAGACAACACAUGGACUAAGCAUGAACAAAAUGAUCCCUUGGACUACUCAGACAAUGUUACAUGUGCCACUUAUCAUGAGGGACACUUCUACUAUUUGGACAACAAAGAUGGGCUAUUGACCUUUUCUGUUAGCGAUAAAACAUGGAUGCUUUAUCGGAUUAUAGAAGACGAUAGCGAUUCUAAUGCUGACCGUCUACACUUCGGAUUCCGGAGAAGCUAUUUCGGCAAAACUGAUGUUAAGAAAGGUCUGGAAUUGGAGGAUAAUGUCUCCAUUUCUACUUGUGGCACACGCAGUAGUAACCGCUUGUUUAUUAACAAUGAAAGCGUCAAGGCUUCAAAAGAACCCGAAAGCCGCCACCUUAAAGGGAUAUGGAUACAACCUCGCUUCCAUCAAAUCCCUCCAAACCAGAGCUGGUUACUUUGA